ACCCGCGAAAAGCGAGAGCCCGAAAAGGCCAAGUGCGCAAAAUAAGGAAGCGUUCCUCACUGUCAUCAUCCUUUCAGUCAUGGCUCUGCAGCAUCACGCUGGGCGCGUCCAGAUACAUUCCGUCAUUCUCCGUCUUCAAAGCUCUCGACAUCUCCAUAAAUGCCCACCCCGCACCUCAAUCUCCCCCAUUCCUCAUCCUCUAAGCCUCCGAGACUCCCUCCUCUCGCUCGCCUUAUUGUCUCCGCAAUCUCCACCUCCUCUUCUCUUCAUCUCUCUGAGAAUCGCCACCGACGACCCUCCCGCUGCUCGAUUUCAGGAAAGAGCACAUUGGCAUGCUCAAUUAGUAGAGAACUGCAUUCCAGGGGAAAUCUUUCGUAUGUCCUUGACGGGGACAACCUUCGCCAUGGAUUAAACAAGAAUCUUGGAUUUGAGGCUGAGGAUCGAGCAGAGAAUAUACGCAGGGUUGGUGAAGUGGCGAAGCUCUUCGCUGAUGCUGGAUUAGUAUGCAUUGCCAGUCUGAUAUCCCCAUAUAGAAAAGAUCGGGAUGCUUGCCGUGCAAUGCUGCCUGAAAGCUUUAUUGAGGUAUUCAUGAACAUGCCGCUUGAUUUGUGUGAGGCCAGAGAUGCCAAAGGCCUCUACAAGCUUGCUCGUGCUGGAAAGAUUAAAGGUUUUACAGGACUUGAUGAUCCAUAUGAACCACCGUUGAAAUGUGAGAUAGAAUUAAGUCGGAGAGACGGGAUUUGCCCUACACCAGGUGCCAUGGCUGGUAAAGUAGUAUCGUAUCUCGAGGAGAAAGGUUUCCUGGAAACCAAAUGAUUGAGCCUUCAUGUUCAGGAAAUGUCACCACCAUAAUCUUCAGAUAUUUGUGCUCUCAAAUGUGGGAUAAUACUUCAAGCAUAGAUCCUUAGGUCCACAUGGCAUUGGCAUCUCCUGGUAUUUGCCGGAGUUUUGAUGCCAAUGGCCACAUACCAGAUACAAGUUAUGCCAAAGGCUGCAUAUUGCUGUUUUGUUUUUUUUUUUUUCCUUUUCACUGAUAUGAUGAAAGUUGGAAAUGAAUCUCUUGUUCAUCCUUGAUAUAGACUCCGUUUAA